AGCAAAUAACAGUUUAUUAUGAUUUCCUGAAAUUUCAGUCUCCCAGGAAUAGAAACUUGAACUUGGAGUUGGUGUUUGUGCGCUGUGGUAGCCGUGUGCAGCAGCAGCGAGAAAUGAAUAUGAGAGAGGAAAAUGAGCGCACGGGAUGCAGCAGUAUGAGCAGCAUGAAGAGGAUGCUGAAGUGUGUGGUGGUUGGAGACGGCGCAGUUGGCAAAACCUGCCUGUUGAUGAGUUAUGCCAAUGAUGCUUUCCCUGAGCAAUACGUUCCCACUGUAUUUGACCACUAUGCAGUAACAGUAAACGUUGGAGGGAAGCAGUAUCUCCUGGGACUCUAUGACACUGCAGGACAGGAAGACUACGAUCAACUUCGACCACUGUCGUAUCCCAACACGGACGUGUUCUUAAUCUGUUUCUCUGUUGUCAACCCUGCUUCUUAUCAAAAUGUCCAGGAGGAAUGGGUUUCAGAGCUAAGGGCCUGUAUGCCACAUGUUCCAUAUGUCCUCAUAGGAACACAGAUUGAUCUGCGCGAUGACCCUAUAACUUUGGCUCGACUUCUCCAUAUGAAAGAGAAACCAAUCACCCAAGAACAGGGAAUGAAGCUUUCAAAAAUGAUCGGAGCUCAGUGUUACCUGGAGUGUUCCGCCUUGACUCAAAAGGGCCUAAAGAACGUUUUUGAUGAAGCAAUCCUUACGGUGUUCCACCCAAAGAAGAAGAAGAAGAGGCGUUGUGUUAAAUGUCGCAACUCCUGCACAAUAGUAUAAGGUCAUCGUCUACGGGAUAACUGGUGCUACUGUACAUAAAUGGGAGCAAAGACUCGAAACUCCAGCAUCACAAGUUGGAAACUUGGCUUUGUCUGUGAUGAACCAAUCAUAAUGGAGUAUAUGAGCAGUGCAUAUUCCUUAGCCCCGUGGUUAGGACCUGGGACGAUGCCAAGAUGUUUAUUGCUGUCUCUCUCUCACACACUGUGAUAUAUUUCACUGAGCUGAGAUAAAACACAAUAUGUGCCUUUUUACUUUUAUAAUGUUCUUAUGACGUGUGGGGAAUGGGAUUGUAUAACCAUUGUAGUGCAUUUAUAUAAAGUCUGUCCUGAAGCCCUUGAGACUGAUUGCAAUUCCAUGCAUGUGCAAAGCCAUUGCAGAAUGGGGUUCCCUAGUCUCCUUUGUUCUUGGUUAUUUACCAAUGCUUCUUGUACAACCCAGAGCUGAGAAUGAGGGAGGUACCACCCCACUGUUACUGGCAGGGCAUUCAAACUAGAGACCACACAAUGCAUCGUUGUAUGUAACUAAAUGGUACUGCCCACUGCUGUUUGUCUUUAUUGGGCAAUAAUCUUCUAAACACUAACAAACUAAAGAGAAAUGUUGACAUGACACAAACUACACUACAGCAAGCACUCAGAACACUAUAUUUCACUUGAGCAGUUGUAUCAUUCUGUGAUCUCCAUGUUCUCUUAUUUUAGCUCCAUGUUUUGUGAGAAGCUGCGCCACCACUCACCUAGCAAUUUAGUACAAAUCCUUGUAAUAUUUUUGUAUAUUCAGUCCUGAAAGACUUUUUAUUCUCAAAGCUGGACCAGAAUGUUGAAUAUUAAAUUAUGUUAUUCAUUUGAUGUUUGAAGGUCCGGUGGUGGUCCGUUUAAGCCAUGUCCCCUUGUUCAUAUUAACAGGCAUUUAUUCAUUUACAUGUCUCACGUGGGGUCAGACUGGCCUACCAGAGGAUCUCCUGGUGAACCCCAGUCUAGGACACUUCCCAUCAGCCCCUUCAUAAUUCCACCAUGGGCCAAUACAACACCUGAAACAUUUAUCAAACUGUUCUUGGGCCCUAAAUGCCAGAUUCUCUGGUGGGUCCAAUGAGGGCCAGUCUGAUACUGCUUUCAUGUUACGACACAUCACAGAAGCUCCGCUCAUCUUUUUUUACAGUACUGGAAAAUACAGUUGAUAUUUUGCUUUUUUUUUUUGCCAUUUUUUAUACAAUCUGUCAAUUACGUCUCAUGAUGGCAGUAUAUGCUAUGCAACCCUUUACAGCUAACAUUGCCAUUUCAUGUGUUUUUUUAAUACACAUGACAAAAAAUGUGCGUAGUAUUUAGAAGGGGUAUAGGGUAGAAAUAUGUGAAUAAGAAAAGGGAAAGUUUCAGUGGGAUUGUAUUAUACUGUUGAUGAGCCAGUAUAAAGCACAGCUAUUAUAGACCUGAAUUCUCAGAAGGAAAUCAUUUAAAUCUAUAUUAAGCCAAAAUUAUUGUUUGUUUUAUAAAUGAAAUACACGCUGACAGCCAAUGGAAAAUAUUCCCCAUGGGAUUUAAAUCCAGACAGACAGAAAAAGUAAGUGUUCCCUAUUGUAGUCAGUUUCCAGCUGACAAUUGCUUUUUAUAAAAAUAAAACUCUGCACAAACCUAAGUGAAUUUUAUAUGGUGGAAAGAUGUUUUAAAUAAAACUUAAAGGGGGUUUUCAUCUUUAAAUUAACUCAUAGUAUGACGUAGAGAGGGAUAUUCUGAGACAGUUUACAAUUGGUUUUCAUUUUUUAUUAUUUGUGGUUUUUGAGGUAUUUAGCUUUUUAUUCAGCAACUUUCCUGUUUUCGAUUUCAGCAGGGUCCACAUUUCCCUAGCAACCCCCUUAUUGAUUUGAAUGAGAGACUGGAAUAUGAAUAGGAGAGGGCUUGAAUAGAAAGAUGAGGAAUAAAAAGUAGCAAUAACAAUACAUUUGUAGCUUUACAGAGCAUUUGCUUUUUGAUGACC